AUUUGACACUUCUUCAAUAUUAAUGGCGGAAAAUGUAAAUAAAUAUGAUUGGAACAUAUUAUUUCGUAAUAGUAGGACAUAAUGAUAAACCUUUAUUUGAAAUGGAAUUUACAAAUAGUAAGGACCCAAAGAAAGAAGAUCACAGACAUUUGAACCAAUUCAUCGCACAUUCCGCUUUGGAUUUGAUAGAUGAACACAAAUGGAAAUCUCACGCUAUGAAUUUAAAAUCUAUAGAUAAAUUCAAUCAGUGGUUCGUUUCGGCUUUCAUAACUGCGAGUUUGAUAAGAUUCGUUAUCGUACACGAUAAUCGAAAUGACGAUGGUAUUAAAAAUUUCUUUUCGGAAAUAUACGAAGCGUACAUUAAACAUUCCAUGAAUCCUUUUUACGAGGAAGACACCCCGAUCAAGUCUCCAGCUUUUGAAAAAAAAGUGCAAAUAUAUGGAAAGAAAUACCUUUCAAGUUAAUAAAUAAAUAAAUCUAUAUCCAUUAUCAACGACUUUUAUUUGUGGUAUUACGAUGAAUUGAAUGUGUCCUUUAAUUUGUUGAAAAACCACCAUAAAGUCGUCUAAUAGGUGUAAAUCAAUUUUUUAUAAGGUUCAUUUGAAUGUAAUUUAAGACAUUUACACUAUUAUCAACAUUAAUUAUAAUUUUUCUGAGGAUUUCUGUUGGAUUCACAAAAAAAAAGGAAACAGGUCAGAGGAAAAGACUAAAUAACCAAAAAAAGAAAAGAAAAGCACAGGAAAUUUGAAUAAAGGUGGUCAAAAAAGAUUUAAACUGAUAGUCUGGAGAAUCUUUGGGCUGUAGGGUCUAAAGAAGGUUUAUUUAUGGAGAAAGAUCCUACAGGGACUAAAGAACCAAAAAAUGGAAGGAAGUCACAGAAAACUGAAACAUCAAUGGUCAAAAUGGACUUUAUUAAUGGAGAAAGAUCCUACAAGGACUAAAAAAUCAAAAAGCUGAAACAAAAAUGGCCAAAGGGGCUUUUCAAUAUCCUUUAUUCCUACAGUGACGGAAGAAACAAAAAUAUGGAAGGACAUCACAGAAAGCUGAAACAUCAAUGGUCAAAGUGGACUUUAUUAAUGGAGAAAGAUCCUGCAAGGACUAAAUGAUGAAAAAGCUGAAACAACAAUGGUCAAAAUGGGCUUUUCAAUGUCCUUUAAUAUCAGUGAAUCCGCAUGUCAAAAAUCGAAGCUCAUGAUAAUGACAACACCACAAAAGAAAGAAUCAAUGAGAAGUAUUUCUAUAAAAGUGAAUGAAGCAAAAGUAAUGAGCUUAGAACAAGUUCAAAGUUAUAUAUAUCUCAGGGAGGUUAUCAAGGACAAGGGAGGUAAUCUAGAACCAAAGAUGGCAAAGGGAAGUUAACAAUUGAGAGCACUGAACUCUAGAGAAAAAAUUUCUAGUAAGACUGAACUACAUCUGUACAAAACAAUAAUAAAACCAACGUUGAAAUGUGGAUUCUUAAAAAAGCAGAGGAAAAGAAGUUGAGAUAUGUCUUCUUCUUUCUUUCAUAAUGCAUUUAACGCCUAUUCCUUUUUCAAUAUCUUUAGAUUUAUAGGGAAGGAGGAUACUAGGGGGUAAAAAGGAGGAAGAAUUAUGGUUGACAAUUUAUAUGGAGAAGUAGAACUAAUCAAAAGAAUAAAGUUGCUGACUUACACACCGAGAAUGUCAGAU